AUGAGAAAUGGUUUUGUAAAGUAUAAGAAAAAGGUUCAAAGUUUAAUAGAAAUAUUAUAAGUUUUAUUAAGCUACUGUAAAAACAGGUUGUUUAUUACUAAAGAUUUCAUAUUCAGAUCAUUUGCCUUAUUAUUUAAAUUCAUUUAUAAGUUAUUUAAUAGGAUAUUCAGUCAUCUAAUCAUAUUUUUAUUUUAAAUUGAUGCUCCUUUGAAUACAGAGAUAGAAAAUAAAUCAUUAUAUGAAAGUAUUUAAUAAAGAUAAAUUAGAUAUUGAAAUUUUGAUAAAGGAUUUCUUAGGAGAAGAAGAGAUCUCUAAAACAUCAUAUGAACACUAUUUGAAAAUGACAGAGAAUGAUAAAGUAUAUAAAACAAAAUUAACAAAAAUAAUUGGUUGA